AUGAGCCGCCGCCGCGGUGAGGCCUCCACACCUCGAAAGAGAAACAAAAAGGGACAAGAAAAGGCCUCGACCCGCCGCUUCCGCCCUCGACAGACAUGGCCGCCGGGGGCGGUGCCGCGCCGCCGCGGGGGCUCACGGGAAGGGGAUUCAAACGGCGCCUGGCGGGCGGCGGCGCCGAGGAGCGGCCCUGUCAUGGAGUCGAAAGCGGCGGCGCGGACGCUGCCCAGCGCCGGGCGCCUCUCCGGCGCUGCGCGGCGGUCGCGGGGGCCGCUCUUCGGGCGGGCGCACGGGCGCUUCGGGCAGGGCUCCGCCGGCGGGCCGCUGCCGCCGUGCUCCCAGGAAAACGCGGAUCCCCAGAAAACAGCAUUCCUGCUGCGCAAGCAGUGGACCCUGUACAGCGUGACCCCCCUGUACAGGUUCUCCAGCGCUAACCUGAAGGAGUACGCCCGGCUGCUCGGCGCCUUCAUCGCGGCUGAGAAGCAGAAGGGCUUGGCCGUCGAAGUAGGGGUGGACCUGGACAUCAAGGUGACCUUCUCCAGCCUCCCUGACCUGAGAGGCAGCGAUCAGGACCAGGCUGCGAUGCUCGUGCAGCUUUCUUCAAGAUCAUCAGUUUCCCCCAAAAAUUCAGAAGAGAAGCUGAUGUGGUCAGGCUGGUUCUGUUGUGUGUCUGGAGAUGAUCUUUCGGAGAAUGUGCCAGAGGACUUCACUUGUUUACCUUUGUUUCUUGCUAAUGGUGCAGAGAGUUACGUGGCCAUUGUUGGAAGCUGGUUUCAGAAGACUUUUGACUGCCGCUUCUGCCGUUUGGCCAUCAGCCCUCUCAAUCUCACUUGGAUGGCAGCCAUGUGGACUGGAUGCAAAGUGGAAAAAAAUGCCUCUGCAACAGAACUAGUUUUCUCUGUUCCUUGUCUUCCCCAGCCUCUGGAUAUAUCAUAUGCUAUUCACCCAGAAGAUGCAAAAGCUCUGUGGGACACAGUACAGAAAACACCAGGAGAGAUCACUCAAGAAGAGGUAGAUCUCUUUAUGGACUGCCUUUACUCUCACUUCCACAGACACUUUAAGAUCCACUUGUCAGCUACAAAACUGGUAAAAGUUUCCACAGCAAUUGCCUCAGCACACUGUGAUGGGAUUAUAAAGUUUCUACAAAGCAAAUACCUAAUUGGAGUGCUGAUGCUACUGACAGAAUUAGCAAUCUCUCAGAUACAAUGAGACUUGUUUCAGCUGAUCUUCAUCCCGAAAAGGCUUACUGCUGGAAGACUUAAGCUGAGAAACCUACUGGAAGCUCACUCCUGCAGAACUUUCCUUUCUUGCACACUUGCUGUCUAGAGUCAAACUUUAACUCCUGCACUCAAACCUGUAACUAGCAGUAAUUCAACAUCAUCAUUCAUAGGAAAGAAGAUACUUUGCUCUAAUAGAAAGGCCACAGUACUAGGAGAUAAAACAUUGCAAACUCUUGGAUGCAACUUAAUAAUAGAUAUUUCUGCUAUUGCUUCAAAUGGCAACCACAUUUUUAACUAAACUAGACAGCCCCUGCUAUAGGGCCCUUAUUCAUAGCUAAACUUAGAUUUUGGCCGAAGAGUAUUACUAAAUGUAAAAACAUGCAUCGCUUUCUCAGGCAUGCUUGACAUGGGGCAGAAAAAAAAUGCAGGUUUCUAACUUCAUACUGGUAAGGCUCCAAAAUCUCUUAUUAAGGCCAGCACAGAACAGUAGUGAACUGUAUGCUCACUCCCCUGUUGGGUUUAGGAAAAAAAGCAUGUAACUGACAACUGCCUUGUGCUUCCAGCUCUACCUGUCCUCACAGACAAGUCAAUGCAUAGAAAAUCAAGGGCUGUCUAUAAGCUAGAGACUUGGUAUGUUUUGCCUGGUGUUUUGCCUUCUGCAAUGUAAUCCUGUAGUCUGGAGAGCUCUCUGGGUUGAAGCUAUGGGCACUAAAACUUUACACUAGCUCUUUCCCUGCAACAGGUAGAGGUUCAGAUAGCUAGUGCACAGUAGUUGCCUAUAGCUUAAAUGAGCAGAAAAGUAGAAGGUGGUACAUGUUUUUUGUAUUACAGUACUAAAUAAAGAAAAUAUUUGCCUUUUUUGCCAUUA